UAAAAUCACCGCUCGUCUCCUUCAAACUACAUCCUUUCGUCGUUCUUCUAUCGGCAUCCAUUCAAUUCAAUUCAAUUCAUUUUUCAUUUCUUCAAUUUCUAGGGUUUCUAAUUCUCUCUUUUCAACAUUGUAAUUAUUUCUUCUUCUUCAUUAUAAUCAUUUAAACUUCUGAUUCUUGAACCGAAGCCCUAACCCUAACCCUAACUCUUUUUUUUUCGUGGUAAGUUUCUUCGAGGAAUAAUUUAGACCAAUCCAUGGCGCUGCCACAGCCGAUGUCAUCGACUAGAUUGACCCGCGGCCACGGCGCGGUGGACGGGCCGGAGGUUCCGUCGAACCACCUUUGGGUGGGGAACUUGUCGGCUGAGACGAAUGACGCUGAUUUGACGGACCUUUUCAUCAAAUACGGCGCGCUUGAUAGCGUGACGACGUACUCGUCCAGAAGCUUCGCGUUUGUGUAUUUCAAACGAGUGGAGGAUGCCACGGCCGCGAAAGACGCCCUUCAAGGAAGCAGUUUGCGUGGGAAUCCACUCAAAAUUGAGUUUGCACGACCGGCCAAACCUUGUAAACAUCUAUGGGUGGGUGGAAUUAGUCCAACUGUAACAAAAGACGAAUUGGAAGAGGAAUUUCUCAAGUUUGGUAAAAUUGAGGAUUUUAAAUUCCUUAGAGACCGGAAUACUGCGUUUGUUGAGUAUUUCAAAUUGGAAGAUGCUUCCCAAGCCUUGAAAAACAUGAAUGGUAAGCAAAUAGGUGGUGAGCAGAUACGUGUGGACUUCCUUCGAUCACAACCCUCAAGAAGAGAUCAGUGGCCCAAUUCCCAUGACUCUAGAGAUGGGCAAUUUCUUGGUAGGGGUAGUGGACUUCUUGAUAUCCAUUCAGCUUAUAAAAGACCACAUCCACAACCUUCAGCAGCACGAAAGGGAGAUGGUCAACCUAGUAAGAUUUUAUGGAUAGGCUACCCCCCUUCUGUUCAAGUUGAUGAGCAAAUGCUUCACAAUGCAAUGAUCCUAUUCGGUGAGAUUGAGAGAAUUAAGAGUUUUCCUUCACGAAAUUACUCUUUUGUGGAAUUUAGAAGUGUCGAUGAGGCUCGGCGUGCUAAGGAGGGUUUACAGGGUAGGUUGUUUAAUGAUCCUAGAAUCACUAUUAUGUAUUCAAGCAGCGACUUGGCACCAGGAAAAGAUUACCCUGUUUCUUAUCUUGGAGUAAAAGGGCCAAGCCCAGAGAUGAUUUUAGGUAAUCAUCCAUUAAGAUAUUCUCAAAUGGAUAUGCUUGGUCAUAAUCAUCAAAUGAUGCAAAAUAAUUUUUCUGGAUUGCAAUCUGGUGGUGUUCAUGGACCAAAUAUGUCAAUGAGGUCUUUCGGUGGCCAUGGUAAUUUUGAACAUGAUAUCCAUGGUAUGCAAGAAACUAAUCUGAAAGGUCUGGAGCCAAACUGGAGAAGGCUUUCACCUUCACCUGGGAUGCGUAAUUCUCCUGUGUCGGGUAUCAGGCAACCCAUGAGACAUGUAUCUGAUUCAUGGGACGUAUCCGAUGUGAGCCAAUUUCAAAGAGAUCCUAAACGUUCAAGGAUAGACAAUUCUUUGUCUAUUGAUGAUGCUUCUUUUCCUUCAAGAAGGAUUGAUGAUUUUGGCCUAGGAUUUGAGCAGCCGUAUGGGCUGGGUCCUAUAACUGGUGGAGGUGCUUCUACUACAUUUAUGAAUGUUCAAGGGAUGAGUCGUCUUAGUCCAAUGGGCGCUAAGGUAACAGUUGGUGCUGAUAAUGAUUGCAUAUGGCGCGGUAUUAUAGCUAAGGGUGGCACCCCAGUUUGUCAUGCUCGAUGUGUCCCUAUAGGAAAAGGGAUAGGAUCUGAGCUUCCUGAAGUUGUUAAUUGCUCAGCCAGGACGGGAUUGGAUAUGCUUGCCAAGCAUUAUGCUGAGGCUAUUGGAUUUGAGAUUGUUUUCUUCUUGCCUGACAGUGAAGAAAAUUUUGCUUCCUAUACAGAAUUCCUUCGGUACCUGGGUUCAAAAAACCGUGCCGGUGUUGCCAAGUUUGAUGAUGGGACAACCUUAUUCUUGGUCCCUCCCUCAGAUUUCUUGACCAAGGUAUUGAAAGUUGUGGGGCCUGAACGUUUAUAUGGUGUUGUUCUGAAGCUGCCUCAUCAAUCCAUGCAGCCAUCUGAGAUUGUUGAAAGACAGAAUAUUCCUCCUCUGCAUGCUGAGCAUACGAUGACUAGGCUAAAUGAGGAACAGGUUUUGCCAAUGGACUAUGGUAGGUUUUCACAUGAUGACCCAAAGAUUCCAUCAAAACCUCAACUCAUGCAUGCAAGUGAGUCCCAAUUGGUGCAGCCAAGUUCCCUGGAUCAUGGAUCGAAAAACACUGCUGCCAUUUCCCAAGCUGGAGUUAGUUUAACUCCAGAGCUUAUUGCUACUCUAGCUUCAUUAGUGCCUGGAACUGCACAGUCUGCAGAAAGUGCUCUGCCUACAACAGGCUCCUCAACAAUCAGACCAAUAUUACCUGAUCUUGCUGGUCAUUCUGUUGAACAAUUGGGUCAGUUUAGUCAUCAAGCUCAACCAUCUCAGAUUCAUAAUUAUGCAUCUCUUUCAAGUCAUUCUGCUCAAAUGCCCCAUGGCAGCUCCCAAUAUCAAGAGUUGACUGUCAACAUGCCACAGCCAGGUGCAGUGUCUUCUAGGCCAAUGACUAAUUUUGCAGUGGCUCAUCAAAGUGCACACAUAGCUGUUUCUCCAGCAGUCAGUCAGCAGAAUCAGUUUGCAGUUCCUCCAAGUACUCAAAAAGGCUAUGGAGUGGUGCAUGGAACUGAUGCUUCCACACUGUAUGGUUCACCAGUUUUUCAGCAGCCUAACAAUCCUACUGGGGCAUCAAAUCUGGUCAACAUCUCUCAAACACCAAAUGUUAUGUCAUUGCCGGCUGAUAAAGUGAAUUCUGAGUAUCCUAAUCAGAUGCAACAACUUCAGUCUGUGCUCUCUGGAGCUGGUCAGGGUGCAUCUGAGGAUGAAGUUGAUAAAAACCAAAGAUACCAAUCAACAUUGCAAUUUGCUGCUAAUCUCCUCCUUCAAAUUCAGAACCAGCAACAACAGCAGCAGCCAAAUACUGUUGCAGGGCGAGGGACCGGAAAUCAGCUAUGAGAUAUCCCUGAUCUUGAUAUCUCUGACCACAGUGGAAUUUGGGUUGUGCUGUUGCUAUAAAGGGAUUUUUAUUAUUCUGAUUAAGAUGGUCUUAGUGAAGGUUCUAGUUGAUGAGAUUCAUGACCAUUAAGGCUUUAAUUAUUCACCUUGAAAUAACUUUUUAGACACCCUUGGCCCAAAAUCUUUUUACCUGUCUGUGUUAGUUUCUCCUUCGUGAGAUUGAAAUAAACAAGUGUCUUUUGCUUAAGCUCACCUUUAACUGGUUGUUUCUUGUUGGUCCAAGAACUUAGCUUACUCUUUUCUCAUGUUUCAUUGGUGUUCUGGAUUUUUGUCUGUUAGGAAUCUGCGUAUUUCCUGUAGUUAAUUGUGUUAUUGAAUUUCAUUACCAUGAUCUGUUAAAUUAUGAAUCUUUUUUCUGCAUCUGUUUCCAUAUGUGGUUGCUGAUGAUUCAUUGUCUGAUGGAUUAUUUGUUUGUUGCUGUGUUUAGUAUCAACAUGUGCUAGAUUGUUAAUUUCUUUAAUUUCUGUGUUGCUUUUGUUUGGCUGUCUGUCUACAAUUGCAUGUUCUGUUGUUAUUAGGCUUUUCAGAAAUUGCUUUAGAUGAGUAUGUAUGUAUGUAUAUAUAUAUAUAUGGUUAUAUAGUGUUUGGCUUGCUCUCAUAUUACAGCUGAAUUUUCUAAUGUCUUUGGAGCUUUUUUAUCAAAGAGAGUUGCUUUUUACUGACCUUUAGGGUGAUUCUUUCUUCUUCAAUUAUCAUAUUUGUAACUAUUUUGAGUUGUAAUUUAACUUUGUAUUAGAAAAAACUAUUUUGAGAUGCAUAAUAUACUUGUGUCUCUUAAGGUAUGCCAAGAGAAUUGCCCUCAA